AUGAAGGUCUCGGCUGCUUUCGUCAUCACUCUCUUCACCGGCGCGCUGGCCACGCCCUUUACCGUUGCCGACUCCGACUCCGAGGAACGCAACGUCGAUAUUUCCGCUGGAGACUUCCAGGAUGCGCCAAUCGCGAAUGUUGUUGCGGCCAGAGAAAUAGAUGCUGCCGUCACGCUCGAGGACCGUGAGGUCGCCACCGCGGGCGAAGAUGAAGAAGAAGAGGUCGAGAUAGUGGCACGAUCCCCCAAAAAGGGGAAGAAGAAGGGGAAGAAGGGAGGGAAGAAGGCAACUGGAGCUAAGAAGAAGGCUCAGAACAACAAUGCGGCUGGUGGUGGUAAUGGGGCUGCGAAGAAGCAGAAGGCAACUGCUCAGAACAAGAACCAGAACAAGAACCAGAACCAGAACCAGAACCAGGGGGCCGCCAAUACGGCGGCAGCCCAGGCACCCAAAGUGACAAAUGCGCUGGAUGCCCCUGGUGUCGUCUAA